AUGGCCACCUCCCUCCCCUCCCUCCCAACAGAGCUACUCCUCAUUAUCUUCGACCACCUCCCACCCGCAACAAAACACACCUUCUCUCUCACCUGCCGCCGCCUAAACUACAUCCUUGUACCACUAUGCCCAUCAAUAUCCAUAUUCCCAGAUACCCAAUAUGCCCUCCGCGCGGCUCUCGCCCGCGACGGCAUCCCUUUCACCACCUACGCUUACUGCAGCGGCUGCGAAACCGUGCACAGUCACAAAUUCUUCACUGCAGACCAACUACAGCUCUCUCCAACAGCCCGCGUCUGCUCAGCAGCCCAAACAAAUCUCUUCAUCGACCCGACAACAUCAUACAGCUUCAACCACGUCAGUAUUCGCACAUCAAAUUAUACCAUUCGCGCUGCAGAAUCAGUACCCUGUAACCGUCCAAGCCUGAAUAUAGGCCUGGAUGAAAGAAAGAUAAUGCGUCUGAAACUGAAACGCCCGUAUAACGCCAAGGCGAAACUGAUGAGACAAUACUCUUCUUGGAUGAGGCAGCAUGCUAUCUGUGCUUCGUAUGAAGUCCUUACACUUCCAGCCGGGAAGAAUGCGAGUAAGGAACAGAUCCGGAGUGGUUUGAACGGAUUUGAUAUCCCGACGUGUCCGCAUGUAAAGCUCGGUGAUUCGGUUGUUGUUGAUGGUUAUCGCGGGAUGCAGUACUGUGUAAUCGGUUCUAGCCCCGCGUCUAAAAGACAUGCGUUGGAGGAGGACGAUGAAGAUGAGUGGCUCAGCCGGAUCCAAACAGAUGAUGUGGACUCGGCCUGCAGGUUCCCUGGGUGUGUGACGGUUUUCAGAUGGGGGUGUCGGCCGUCUCUGCACAGGGGUGAUGGCUGGAAAACUGUUGUAAUCCAUGUGAAGAGGUAUUUGGGGGCCAUGAUUAGUCCCCUGGAUCCGUACUGGAUGGCCCAGUUGGUUACUGUGUCUGAUGACGAUAUGCUAAGGAGGUACUGGGAGGACUGUUUUGCGUGGAGGGAUGUGAAUCUGGCCAUUGAGGAGAGGAGGUAUGAGCGGGAGCUGGAGCUGGAGCUUCAGGGUGGAACGUUGGGAGAGGCAGAUGAGGCCCAGUUUGAUCUGCUGCGGAGAGAGAACGAUUAUCUUCGCCAUCCGCAUCGGCAGGAGAUGUAUACAUAUUUACAUCAAAGAAUAAGCAUGAUGCAGCCGGAGGCUACGGGCGAACUGCCAUUUACUACCCUCUUGCUUCGAGACGCGCGACGGCAUCGCAACCCUCAUAUCGACACCGAGAGCGAAGAAUCAGUAUCAAAAACAGACGAUUAUACCCCCGAUAAACCCCAAGGAGAGAAUACUAGGGUUUCUGACAAGCCCGCCAACAUGAUACCUAACCCCAAUGCAGCCGAUCUAUACAAACCCGUCCACGCCCCAGAGACAAUACGCGCCUUAAUACAGGACUCCAGCAAAUUCAACACCCUGUUAUUAGCGCCGUUUCAGCGAAAUGUAGAAGAGUUCUUCUGGGGCUCAGGAGACUGUCUCUCGAACCCCGGCGGGGUAUUUGGCAUGCUGAAGGCUCUCAAAGUCCCCUUGGUGGACCAGCUUUAUUCUCUUCCUCGGGGGGGCUAG